CUCCCCAAAUAAACAAGACACCAGCAACACACCGCGUCACCACAACGACCAUGUCUGCCGAAUUCAAGAAGGCCGCUGAGGACAGCAAGAAGCUGAAGACCACUCCCAGCAACGACCAGCUGCUCGAGCUCUACGCCCUGUACAAGGUCGGCAACGGCGAGGACUUCGAAAAAGCAGCCAAGCCAGGUGUCUUUGACAUGAAGGGCAAGUACAAGUACAACGCCUGGAAGAAAGAGGUGGACGAGGGUACGACCGCGGAUGGCGCCCAGCAGAGAUACAUCGCGCUUGUUGACAAGCUGAAGAGCGAGUUGGGCUUCGACGCAUGAUUGCGAGGAAAGAGCUGGAGAAAGCCGAAUGAGCGAGGAGGCAAUACCACAUCUCCAUUCUCGUCUCACCAGUUGAGCUCGAUAUCUCGAUACGUGCUCGCAAAUCCAUCGAAUCAGGUGAAGUUUGCUGCUCGGCUCUAACUGGGACGACCACGUACGCAAGUACUCGAAGCUAUGAAUUCCAAAAUUUCCUUCU